GACUUUUAUCAGUAAAUGCUCAAUUAUUGGGACAUCGUAUUUGAUUACGUUUGCCAUCGUUAUCUCACGAUGUUGGUUUUGUUGCACAAAAAUGCCGGCGCUGCAGCGGCCAGCCAGGUGCGCAGCAUUGCCAAACGAUUGCUGACGACAACAGCAGCAGGCUCAACAACAACGACAAAAACUACACCGGCAACGGAGCACUAUGAUAUCAUAAUUGGCGGAGGUGGCUUAGUGGGCACAACACUGGCCGCUGCACUGGCCAAAAAUACAACACUGGCGGACAAGAAGGUGUUGCUGCUGGAGGGAGCGCCACCAUUCAAGGGCUUCAAUUCAAGCGGACCCUAUCAAAAUCGCGUUUCGGCCAUCAAUCGGAACUCCGUGGAGCUCUUUAAAUCGAUUGAUGCUUGGGCACACAUCGAGGCGGCACGCUACAAGCCCGUCAAGCAGAUGCAGGUGUGGGAAUCGAACAGUAACGCGCUUAUACAAUUCCAGCAUGAUAACUUUGCCAGCGAUGUGGCCUGCAUCAUUGAGAAUGAUCUAAUACUGGAUGCGGUCUAUGCACGCGUCCGCGAUUCGGCGGAUAAUGUGAAGGUGCUGAAUAAGGCUCGCAUUGAAUGUGUGCGCCUGCCCGGUGAGACUGGCACAGCCCACUCACAUGUCCAGCUGCAGGAUGGACGCAGCUUUUCAUGCGAACUGCUCAUUGGCGCCGAUGGCGCAAAUUCUGUGGUGCGCAAACAAAUGGGCGUCGAUGUUUUCUCAUUUAACUAUGAGCGAAUGGGCUUGGUGGCCACACUGGACCUGAACAUGGAGGAGGACUCCGAUAAUUCGGUGGCCUGGCAACGGUUUUUGCCCACCGGACCCGUUGCCCUGUUGCCGCUGAGCUCCAAGCAAAGCUCGCUGGUCUGGAGCACCACAGUGCCGCAUGCCAAGCAAUUGCUGGCCAUGGAAUCAGCUCAAUUUGUGGAUGCCCUAAACGAGGCAUUUUGCAGGGAAUAUCCACGCUUGGAUGUGGCGGAUAAGGCGCUGCAAGCACUGAAUUCCUUCUUUGGUAACAGUGGAUCACAGCAUCAGCGUCAGUAUCCGCCGCGUGUUUGCGGCGUGCAGGAUGGCUCCCGCGCCACCUUCCCACUGGGCUUUCUGCAUGCCUCGUCGUAUGUGUGCAAUGGCGCUGCUCUUGUGGGCGAUGCCGCACAUCGCGUGCAUCCUUUGGCUGGCCAAGGCGUCAAUUUGGGCUUCAGUGAUGUGCGCAUUCUGGUGGAGACUUUGGCCACCGGCGCCUAUGCUGGCUUCAAGCUGGGCGACACACAGCAUCUGAUCAAAUAUGAACGCAAAUGCCUGGCCAAGAAUGUGCCCAUUAUGGUGGGCGUGCAUGGCCUGCAUACGAUCUACUCCACAGAAUUUAGUCCGGUGGUGCUGCUGCGCAGUCUCGGCCUGCAGCUGACCCAAAAUUUGCCGCCCAUCAAGAACAUUUUCAUGAAGAGCGCCAUGGGUUAAACGGACGGGUGCGCGGCAUGUUUUAUCUUUAAGUGUUUACAGUUUUACAGUCUCUGACCAAUACAAUAAAGGCUGUCUAAAA